AUGCACGGGGGCGAGGCCCAGGAUCAGGGCGUGCUGUGCUGCAACGGCUGCUGGAAGCCGUGCGACCCCAAAGGUGCCCGGCCGGGUGGCGGCGAGCUGGCGGGCGCGCGGGGCGGGGAGGCAGGGCCUCGCUCGGGGUGGCUGAAAAGGGCUCAGCGCAACCUGGGCAGUGCUGACCAGCAGGCUCUGCGCCCGGGUCUGAUCCAGAAGACCACCAUCAAGGCGGUGCACCCGCUGGCCGACAGCUCCGGCCUGCAGCUGGCGCUGGCGGGGCAGUCGCCGCGGGUGGCCAUGGAGGUGGCGUAUGCCGCCAUUGACUUCUACACCAAGCAGCAGGCGCUGUACAGGCAGUACUCGGAGGAGCAGGCCCGGCGCAAGCUCGAGAGGACCAGCAACGCGUGCAAGAAGAAGCUGCAGGAGGUCCACAGCGGGUACAUCAACGCCAAGCGCAAGUACCAGGAGGUGCUGGCGCAGAAGGCGGCGCUGGAGGAGGGCAACCGCGAGCUGACCGCCAAGUACAACCAGAAGGCUGUCCAGGACAAGAAGCUCAAGGAGGGCAUCGCCCUGCUGCAGCAGCAGAAUGAGGCGCUGCGCAAGGAGCGCAUGGGGGGCGGCGGCGGCGGCGCGGGCCUGGCCGCCGGCCUGCAUACUGGCAUGAACAACCUGAUGGGCAGUGGCGGCGGCGGCGGGCGGCCCAGCCGUGGCGCGGCGAUGGGGAUGGAGGAGGGGCUCGGCAGGCGGGCGCCCACUGUGCUGGGGGUCAGGCCUGUCAUGCCCAACCCCUCACCGGUGCCCUCCAUCGGGCUGGGCAGCUUUGGGCAGGGCUUUGUGUACGACACGCCAGACACCCUGGCCCCCCAGCCCAUCCAGGCUCGCCACAUGCGCUCCGGCGGCGGCGGCGGCAGCGCGGCCGCGCGCGCCAGCGGCGGCGGCGGCGGCGGCCACCUCAUGGGCGGCCUGGGCGGCGGCGGCGGCCUGGGCGGCGCGCUGCAGCUGGGCGGCGGGGCGCACCAGGCGAUGCAGAACGACAAGCGCCAGUCGCUGGGGAUGGCCUUCCCGGGAUCCAACACCAGCCUGGGCACGAUGGCAACCAUGUGA